CAAAAUCCAGAUACAAAAGAUUAUAUUAUAGUUCUUAAAAAUUGUUGUAAAAAUUGUGGUAAACCAAGCAGUUUAUGGUGCACACCAUGUCAAAUAAAUAAUUUAAAACAAAAUUUUACAAACUGGACUAGUGGAAAUAAAGAAAUUGAUGAAAUAAUUAGGGAAAUGCAAUUAAAAAUUGAUGAAAGUAGUGAUAUAAUUGUUGAAUGGAUAUCAUAUAAUCAAUUUAAUAACAUUAAAGAGAUAAGUAAUAAAGAUGAUCUAUUUAUAAUAUGUUCAGCAAUAUGGGAGGAAGGUUUAUUAGUAUAUGGUAAUGGAACAAACUUUAGGUUACCUAAUGAAAAGGUUAUUUUAAAAUAUUUGUGUAACUCGCAAGAUAUUAUCAAUGAACUUUUAAAUGAGAUUAAAAAAUAUACAAUUAGUAAUAGUGAUGAAAUCCUUAAUAUAUAUGGAAUAUCUCAAAAUCCAAAAACAAAAGAUUAUAUUGUAGUACUUAAAGAUGGUUUUUGUAAGAACUGUGGUGAAAUAUAUACAAGUAUAAAUGAUAAUUGGUGUAAAUCAUGCCAAAUAAAUAAUUUAAAACAAAAUUUUACAAGUUGGACUAGUGGAAAUAAAGAAAUUGAUCAUUUUAUUCAACAAAUGCAAUUUAAAAUUAAUAAUUGUAGUGAUAUAAUAGUUGAAUGGAUACCAUAUAGUCAGUUUCAUAAUAUUAACAAAAUAGGUGAAGGUGGGUUUGCUAUAGUAUAUUCGGCAAUAUGGAAAGAUGGUCCAUUGCAAUAUGUUGAAAAUCAAAGAGAGUUAAAAAGAAACCCUAAUAAGAAAGUUGCUUUAAAGUGUUUAAAUAAUUCACAAAAUAUCAAUAAUGAAUUUUUGAACGAGGUUAAAGGGUAUUCUAUUAAAAAUUAUGAUAGAAUUCUUAGUUUAUAUGGAAUAUCACAAAAUCCAGAUACAAAAGAUUAUGUUAUGGUUCUUGAUUAUGCAGAUGGCGGGGAUAUUAGUAAUUAUAGUUAUAUUAAUAUAGAUUGGUAUUGGUUUGAAAGAUUAUUGGUAUUAACACAUAUUAUUGAAGGUCUUGAAAAUAUUCAUAAAAAUAAAAUGGUUCAUCAUGAUUUUCAUACAGGAAAUAUAUUAUUAUCGUUUGGGGAUUAUACUACUUAUGGUUCUAGUUCUGGAAAUUUGACUAGUCAUAUAUAUAUUUCAGAUAUGGGAUUAUGUGGAGAAGUUGGUAAUAUAGAUGAAACAAAGAUUUAUGGAGUUAUGCCUUAUGUAGCUCCUGAAGUAUUAAGGGGGAAACCUUAUAGUCAAGCAGCAGAUAUAUAUAGUUUUGGUAUGAUUAUGUAUUUUGUAGCAACCAAAAAACAACCUUUUGCAAAUUUUUCUCAUGAUAAUACUUUAGCAUUAAAUAUAUGUAAUGGAAUUAGACCUGAAAUAAAUGAAAAAGAAGCUCCCAAAUUUUAUAUUGAUUUAAUGAAAAGGUGUUGGGAUUCAAAUCCAAAUAAUAGGCCAACAUUAUUUCAUAAAUAUUGUAGACAAUGCAUCCAAAGGCUAUUUAUACA